CGAAAUCAUAAUUCUGACAAACUAAAUCUCUCUGAGCUACUUAGUUACGAAUCUUACUUGCAACAUUUAAGUAAUUAUCUUUCUUCUGAAUCUUGCGAUAUACAAUCAUGACUACAGUCGAGAAGAAAGUCGUCGAAAAAGUGGAAGUGCGCACUACCGGCAACGCUGUCCCACCAGUGUGCUCCAACGUGACAUGCACCACCGUAUGUGAUCCCAAAUGCACGGAACGCCAUGAACACCAUCACCAUUCCGGAGUAGCCUGCAAUACAGUGUGUGCUCCCGCCUGCACCGAACGCCACGAACACCAUCAGCACCACCAUCACGAACACGAUCGGACCUGUGAAACUCACGAGCACUCUACAAACUACACCCACACCGAGGUCAAAGCGCCCGUUCUCAACCCGCCGGCGCCUUUCGUUGUCACAUCCGCUUCCGGAUUAGCCGAGGAGAUCGUCUCCGAAGGAUUCAGCGCAUCGGCCGCCCGAGUCGCGGGAGAAGCGACGGCCACAGCGGUAUGCGAGACGGCCGCCUCUUCGAAGCAGGCGGCGGUGGAUCGCGAACGCUACGAACGGGAGAAGGCCGCCAUUGCGCGUCAACACGAGAAGGAGCUGGAAAAGAAGACCGAAAGCUACCGCAAGCAGGCCGAGGCUGAAGCCGAAAAGAUCCGCAAGGAACUGGAGAAGCAGCAUGCUCGCGAUGUGGAAUUCCGCAAGGACAUCCUGGAGACCACCAUCGACCGUCAGAAAAAAGAAGUAGAACUCGAGGCCAAGAUGGCUAAGAAGGAACUGGAGCACGAACGACAACUUGCCCUGGAAGCUCUGGAGCGCUCCAAGAUGGCCACCAACAUUGAGGUCAAUUUUGAGUCGGCCGCCGGGCGCACGGUGUCCGAAGGCACGGUGGUGUCGGAGCAUACGGACAUCGUCCAUCCCAGGAUGUAAGGGUCAUUGGUCGAUUUGAUUCCUCGUGCAGCUAUGUCCAACGAUUUUAUGGUUGACGCGUAAUUAUUGAUCUGUUACAUGUGUGUGCAUUAUCUACCAUAAUAUAUCCACUGCACCUGCAGAGCUGUUUAGCAUUAAUUUUUGUUAUAAAUAAAUUACCGUCAUAAUGAAUAAGUCUCCGGG